AUGGGGACAAAAACGAAAAAGCUCAAAAAGGGAGCAGCAGCUCAAUACAUCACGAGGAGCCAAGCCCUCAAGAAGCUGCAGUUGUCUUUGUCGAACUUUCGACGGGCCUGCAUUUUGAAAGGAAUUUAUCCUCGAGAGCCUUCGGGGAAGUUUUCGAAGAAAGAAAUAUAUUACCACAAGAAAGAUUUGCUGCAGCUUUCUGGGGAUUUGCUGCUGCUGCAGUGGCUGCGGGGCGCAGCAGCAGCAGCAAAGAAAGUCCGAAAAAGUCUCCGAAAAGGAUUAAAAAAAAAAGCCAAGUUUGCAAAAAGACAAAAACUCCAAAUGCCGCUGCAUGCGCUGCUGCAGCAGCAGUUCCGCACCUUCCAGGGGGCCCUGGGGGCCCUCCAGGAGGCCCUUUCUCUCCUUUUUCUCCUCCCAAGGUUUUACUUCCAAAUUCAACUCCUCGGAGUCGACAUCGCCUGGAUCGUACCCCACAGCUUCGCCCAGAACUUGCCAGCAGAAGUGGACUUCCGAGUUCUGGAAACUUAUUCUUUGCUUUACUGCGGGCUGCUGCAAAGUAUUCUUUUCAAACUUUACAAACUUAAAAAGCUGCGCUACCCCCCCCGCCUAGCAGCAGCAGCAAAAGCUGCUGUUGCUGCUGCUGCUGCUGGCUCGCCCUACGUUGCUUCCCACAGGCUGCAGCAGCCCGCCAGCAGAUUCCACUUGCUCCGGAUAGAAAAGGCCCCGCAGCCAGCAGCAGCAGCAACAGCAGCAGCAAAGGGAGAAGCAGCAGAAAAGCGAGAGGCAGCAGCAGCAGCAGCAGGGAAGGGGGCUGCAGCAGCAGCGGGAAAAGAAGCAGCAGCACGGAAGCAGCACAAGACGGAAGAGGAUGAAGAGGACCACGAAGCAACAAGCGUUGGCAGCAGCAACAGCAGCAGCAGCAGCAGCAGCGGCUCCGAAGCAGAGGAGACAGAAGAGGAAAUUGAAGAAGAGACAAAAAAACAGAAGAAUGCAAAAGAAAAUAAAAAAGUGAGCAGCAAAAAGAAAGAACGAGCAGCAGUAGCUGCAGCAGCAGCAGCAGAAGAAGAAGAUGAUGAUGAUGAUGAAGCAGCAGCAGAAGAUGACUCAGCAGCAGAAGAUGACUCAGCAGCAGAAGAUGAAUCAGCAGCAGAAGAUGAAUCAGCAGCAGAAGAUGAAUCAGCAGCAGAAGAUGAAUCAGCAGCAGACAGCAGCAGCAGCGAAGAUGAAGACACAGAAGAGGAGGCAGAGGAAGAAGCAGCAGAAGAUAAAGCAGAGGCAUGCUGCUGCUGCAGAAGCAGCAAAGGAGACAGAGAGUGA